AUGGAUUUCCAGUGCAAGACAUCUGAAGUUUUUGCAAUUAACUUGUACGAGUAUAUUGAGGCUGAUGAAUGCAUGAGUUCAUGUGGGGUCGAUAGAAAAUAUGUCGGGAUCUCAUCAGACGCCCUCCUCGACUCUCAGUACACUGCAAAGAUGUGUUCACCGCAGUGUUAUCAGAAUUGUCCCAACAUUGUCGAUCUUUAUUACAAUUGGGCUCUCGAAGAAGCUCUUGGCCCUAUUGCUACUGUUGCUGGUCCUAUGUCUGCUUCUGCUCCUUCUCCAUCUUCACCUGUAGAUUGUGCUCUAGCUCCAAUGUAA